AAGUCACUGCCACCUGAUCCGCAGGUUGACAGACGCGCCUUUGGUUCGAAAACCAUGCCAGCAGGAAAAUUCUUACAGAUCUCCCCGUUCAAGAACUUGCUGACGCAUUCGCGCUUUCUGCUCACCCUGCGCUCGGAGCAGGGAAAAUACCAUUCGCUCAUCCUCUUCCGCUUGUCGACGGCAGCGGACAUCCCCGCAUACGGAAAUGGCCGGCCCUCGAUGCUGGACAACCGCCAGCUUUACGUAAUGGAGUCGACCUGCCCUCAUCUUGGCGCCGACAUGUCCCACGCAGACAUCGAGGAAUAUGAGGACACGACGGUGGCGGUCUGUCCGUGGCACAGAUACGAUUUCGAUCUCCGCACUGGCAAGAGCGAGACCGGGCUACACACCUGCACCUACUCCGUCGAGGUGAAGACGGAGCCCGAAGAUAGCGAGGAAAAGGUCUACAUCGAAACGCCGUCCGGGGGAAGUAAUUGGAGGCUCAUAGACUUCCGCCCGGUUUCAGAAGAGUUCGCCGAUCCACCGCCCACUAAAGCUAGUGCUCCUACCGAGGUCAAUCCAGUGACCAUGAGCGCCGAGACGAUAGAGCCCGUCGUUCCCGAACUAAAUCCACCCAAGACGCUCAUGGACUGGGCGGUUCUGAUAUUAAACACUCCGAAUCCGACUCUCAAGGUCCUGCGCACAAGACACGCCGUUCAGCUCUUCCGAACUGGAAAACUCGAUUCCAUUGGGCACAAGUCUCGCUCUGCACCGACACCGCCAGAUAUUCCGCCCCGGGACGAGAGUUAUCUGCGGAAUGCGGUCGACCCAGGCAAAGUCAAAGGCAGGCGAAGCCUCGCGGUAAUGCUGCAUGCCCUCGCAAAUAUUGAACAAAUUGAUCUAGCGUAAGUUUCUUCUUAGCGCGAUAUUCAUGCUACAUAUCAAUUUUCCAAAGAUGGGACAUAAUGGCGCGUUUUGGACCGAGUCAUCCUGAUCUUCCGCCGGCGUUCUUUGCGGAUUUCACGAAAAUGGCAUUGGACGAAUCCAAACAUUUGUGCGUACAUCGGAUUAUAACACAGGGAACAGCUUGAAUUAUUUUCAACAGCUCACUGCUGACCUCCCGACUUUCCGAGACUUCUCCAAACACUCCCUAUGGGAGCAUGCCCGUGCACGCCUCUCUCUGGGAAUCCGCGACGAUCACAUCACACUCCCUGCGAUCCCGGCUGGCCAUCAUCCAUCUCGUCCACGAAGCGCGUGGUCUGGACGUCAAUCCCGGGACGAUCGCACGAUUCCGGCGGGCAAACGACAGCGAUAGCGUCGCCGCGCUCGAGAUCAUCCACGCCGACGAGGUGACACACGUGACGUCCGGGCAUCGUUGGUUCACGUGGCUGUGUGAGAAGGAGGGAGGGCUUGAUCCGGUUUCGACUUUCCGCGACGAAGUGCGCAAGGGAUGGCGCGGGAACGUCAAGGGGCCGUUCAACAUUGAGGACAGAGAAAAGGCUGGGCUGACGAGGGAAUUUUACGAGCAUCUCACGGGGGAGAUGGCUGAGGAUGAGAUGGAGCAGCGUCGGGGGGCUUUCAGGAUGGAUGGCUUGAAGAGAAUGGGCUCCGGGGCUCCCAUCAGUGUUGAAUAUGAGGAUAAAGUGUAGUUAAGGGUUGAAUGAAUCGGAGGGCACUCGGCAAUAGUAACACUACAUCAACUAAGAAAACUCCGUUGGCGUCAAAAGAAAAUGAAUUGAGCCUCGAAUCUACGAUGAACUCAAGCUUUUCACGCGCCUUGCAACAAACCUGCACCGCAUGCACGUCAUGCGGAAGCAUCAAUAUGCCAAUAUGUCAAUCACGCCUCGAUCAACUUCUCUCUCGAUCUCGCUGGCGAACACUCUUGAAGUGGACAGGACUUCUAGCUUUGCUUGCAUCCAUGCACCUCGCAUAACGUGACAGUAUCAACGGUCCGCAUACUCUCCCCCAGCAGCUUAUAUGCCGCGUUACGAAUACCAGGCCUUGUCAAAUGACACGGACGAGGCGGAGGAGCGUCUCCCUCUCAAAUCUGCCAUAGAGGGAGACGAGAGCUCGGAGGCGUACGAGCUCGUGGACUCUGAAGCGUCGAGCGCGUUCCACGCGAAGGACGGGAUACACGAUGGGCUGGUCCGGCCCACAGCCGAGGAUGAAGCGACUCUGCGCAGGAUCUCUGAUGUCGUCCCCUGGAGCACCUACCUCAUCGCCAUUGUGGAAUUGGCGGAACGUUUCUCUGUUUAUGGUUCCGGAGCGGUUCUUACAAAUUUCAUUCAACAUCCUCUGCCGCCCGGCUCUAUCACUGGCGCUGGUCUAGAAAAGGGGCAAUCUGGCGCCCUCGGAAAAGGGCAAAGAAUGUCGACUGCAAUCAUGACAUUCACCAUGUUCUGGGUGUCUCUUACUCCGAUGCUGGGUGCAUAUAUUGCGGAUGUGCACCUGGGCCGGUUCAAGACGAUCUGCUAUGCUGUCGGGAUCGCGUUGAUUGGGCACAUCAUCCUCAUCUUCGCCGCAGUUCCUGGGAUCAUCGACCAUGCUGACCUGGGGCUGACCUUCUUGCUGGUGUCGCAAGUCGUCAUUGGGCUUGGCACGGGAUUGUUCAAGGCGAAUAUCUCACCCCUUGUCGCGGAACAGUACAAAAAGACCAAAUCGUUUGUCAUUCGACUACCUGGGGAUGGAGAACGAGUGAUUGUGGACCCGAAGCUGACUGUCUCGCGAAUCUACAUGUAUUUCUAUCUUGUUAUUAAUAUCGGGGCUCUACUUGGUCAAUUCAGUAUGACUUACACCGAGAAGCGAGCACAGUACCUGGGUUACUGGCCAGCAUUUGCGCUUCCAACAGCUGUCUUCCUCCUCUGUCCACUCAUCCUAUUCCUGGGCCGAAACCGCUACGUCCGAUCCCCACCCAGCGGCUCUGUUCUUUUCACGUUCAUUCGCCUGAUGCGAUUUGGAUCGCGCCGCCGGUGGAGCCUGAAUCCGUUUCGCAUGUACGCCAACUUCACCCGCGGCGAUUUCUGGGAGACUGUGACUCCGAGUCGGAUCCCACCGGCAAAGCAGGCGCGAUGGAUGAAGGGCCUGGACGAUACAUGGGUCACCGAGGUCAGAAGAGGCUUGGGAGCAUGUGCCGUGUUUGCCUGGUUUCCGCUCUACUGGCUUACUAUGAGUCAAAUGUCUACCAACUUGAUCUCCCAGGCAGCAACACUGCGCACAGACGGAUUGCCCAACGAUCUUUUGACGAAUAUCGAUCCGCUGACGCUGGUGCUCGUCAUUCCGUUGUGUGAUCUCUACCUGUAUCCGCUUCUGCAACGCCGAGGGAUCAAGUUCCUGCCCAUCAGACGCAUAACGGUCGGGUUCUUCAUUGCUUGCUCGGCCAUGAUAUGGUGUGCGGUAUUACAAUACAACAUCUAUCGAACGAAUCCCUGUGGAACAGCGGCCUCGACUUGCGUCGACGGACAAUCCCUCCCGCUCGUCUCGCCGAUGAGCGUCUGGCUGCAAGCACCGAGCUACCUCCUGAUCGCCGUCUCCGAGAUCUUCGCCUCGAUCACGGUGAUGGAGUACUCUUUCACGAAGGCGCCGGUCAAUAUGCGGUCGCUCGUCAUGGCCCUGCUCAUGGGCACCAGUGCAGUCAGCGCCGUUCUUGGCGAGGGAUUCAUCUGGCUGUCUGCAGAUCCGUUUCUGGUGUGGAACUACCUCGUUAUGGCUGGCUUGGCUGGUGCUGGAGGAAUAGGCUUCUGGGUACUCAUGCGUGGCUUGGAUGAGGAGGAGCUGGAUAUAUCCGAGACAAGGACUUAAUCUAUUGCUUUGUUUCUCUGUAACCCGUACCCAGGGACGAUCUUGCUCGGUGCAAAUCUUCGAGGGGAGUCCUUGCGUUGAUUGUCGAUAUUUGUCACGGGGGUCUAUUAUGGAACAAAGCUAUAUCUGGCCUCCCAUUCACACCAUCAUGCCGCCCAGUGAUAAUUUCCCAGCCGAGAAAUCGAAUGCUGUUAGCAGUGCCGCGGAAGACGCUGCGCCAACCUCGACACUCAACGGGCAGGAGCCCGAGCGUCCCAUCAAGCAGGAGCCAGAUGUGGACGAGGAGCCAGAGGAGGACGAGCACUACCAGCCCCCAGAGGACCCGCAGCCUUCCCCGUGGAAGCGCCGCGCGCUCAUCCUCCUCAUCUGCACAAUCCUCUGGGUGGCCUUCCGCGUGGUGACGCUGAAAACGAAGCCAAAGCCGAGCGUCGUGCACGCCAACCGGUAUUCGAACGAGUUCAAGUAUCGCCCUGCGGCGAGUCCCAUCAUCACGGAGACGCUCAAGGACGGACGGACGAGGCUACGCGGGGCGUCGCCCACGACCGUUCCGGUCCUCGAGAGCAAGCCUAAGCCCACGGCGAAGGCGCGCAAAGGCGGGAAGAAGGGGGGCAAGAAGAACAAGAAGAAGAAGGCUGCAGCCGAGGCCAAGAGGGCACGGUCGACUCAGUGAGCUCACUGGUAUAAUUGGACUGCAUCGAACUCUCGGUUCAUCUAUUUAUGUUACACUUGUCUAAUACACGCUCAGUUUUGAGGCCUACUUUCUUGGUGAUGCUGUGACGAGUGCUUCGACACUGGCCACGACGCACAUUAAACGGUAGCACUGAUCGGGCCUGCUCUGAGGCGAGUCAAAGUGCUACGACAGCCACCUGGGAAGACCUUGCACGGAUCACUCUCGUCCUACGUUUGAGUGAACCUGACGACAAACACUUGUUCCAAUUCGAUACAAGGGCUGCGGAGACUUUACGAGCCCAUCCAAGAAUAACGAAUCGAAGCCUGACUGUCCUGGAUAUCUUUCCGCCACGCGAGCCUCGUUCCAGCCUUUUUGAUCCAGGCCGUGUAUUGUACGUGUGCCAUCAGCGCCGGGCGCCAUGCAAAGUUCAGCUGAACACACGCGAACCGCGCCAUCACCGCGACGUUGUUCCCAAAAGGGGAAUCCCGUCCGGAAAAGGAAGGUGGAUGGGUUGUUGCUUGCGCCGGCGAUGCCGCGUGCAGGGAGGACAAGGGAACACCCAAAUGCGGCUGUCUCCUUGUUCGCGGACACUUAUCAAGUGGAAUGGAGAGAGUGGUCCCUCGCUCAAGUCGGUCGCUCCAUUCCAUUCCAUUGCAACAUGCACUGCAAACUGUUGAUCUCCCUCUUCAUUUCCAUCGUUGCUCUGCGUGCAUCUUCUGCACCUGUAUCCGUAGAUGGCCUGGCCAACCCUGAGAACCCUGCCGCACCUACCGUCGACCUCCGCGAGACAGAACUGACACGAGCGGAACCCGGGAACGAAGAGCGAGGCUGCCGCAUGUGGCGCUGCAUCUAAUCCCGCCCAGUGCGCGCACCGCACUCGAUUCCUCUUUCAUCGUGCAUCUGUAUCUAUAAUUCGGCUCCUCGGCUUUCCUUCUCUCGACCAUCGGUCCUCGACCGACAGUCCCACGCUCCUUACAUGCAUCACCCAUCUCAUUGUAUCGAUACUGCCCGUCUGUUUUAUCCACCUUCCAGAGCUUGUCUCUGCUUUUACCUUUUCUUUUUAUCUGUGAGCUCGACUGCUCUAGAUUACUGCACUUUCGGCUUGGCUAUAGCACGGUGUCUGUUGUUGUAGUUCAUGCCAUAAUUGAUUCUCUGGGUUUCCUAGUGGAACCUAAGCCUAA